CAGCGCGCGCGCACACACACACACACACACACACUCUCUUGUAAACACUCAGCUCCACCUGCUGCGCUCAGCUCCCUCCGCCUCGGUUCAGCUCUUUUCUCGCCGGUUUGCUCCUCUAAUUGAAGAGGUGGUUGCUAAGAGAUGACAGUGGGUGACAUUGGUGAAAGCCUCAGAUGUACGGCAGUCUGAAGCCGGAGUUCUGCCGGAUCUGUCUGCUCCACGCCUCCGCCCGUACCCGGCUGGUCUGAGGAACGCACGCGCUCGCCGGGCGCCAUGGAAGCUUUCGGCAGUCCGUCCCUCAACGGCACGGCGGCCCGGACGGCACGGCAGAGUGCCGAGGCGUGCCGGUGGAAGAAGGACCACAAAGGUCAGGCGGGGGACUUGGAUCCGGACACCAUCCAGGAGAAAACCCACGAAUUCUUCCAGAUGUGCGACAUCGAGAGCAAGGGCUUCAUCACCCGACGCGACAUGCAGAGGCUGAAUGGGGAGAUUCCUCUCAGCGCGGACGAGUUGGAGAACGUGUUCGAUACCCUGGACUCGGAUGGCAAUGGGUACCUCACCCUGGACGAGUUCUCUUCAGGCUUCAGUGAGUUUUUGUUCGGACGGAGGGUGUCGGCAGUGGAAGGCCCAGUGCAGAAACUCCCGAGUCAGAGUCUGCCGGAGGUUCUGUAUCAGACGCAGUGGGAGGAGAGCCUGGCGAAAGGAGAGGAGGAUGAGGAGGAAAAGCACUUCAGCAUGCUCAUGGAGAGCCUGGGAGCCAACAGCGUCUUUGAAGACCGCGCCGAGGUGCACCGUCUGUGGGCCCAGCUGCGCCGCGACGAGCCGCACCUCCUGUCCAACUUCGAGGACUUCCUGGCCAGAGUGACGUCCCAGAUUAGAGAAGCCAACCGGGAGAAGAAGGAGAUGGAGAGCGCUCUGAAAAGGAAGGCGGCGACUCAUGACGACGAGAUCCAGCGCCUGUACGAGGAAAUGGAACAGCAAAUAAAAAAUGAAAAGGACCGGAUCGUGCUGCAGGAUUAUGAGCGAUAUCUAACUCGCAGUCAGGAUUUGGAGCUGCAGCUGUCCAGCAAGCAGAAGGAGCUGGAGCAGCUUUUCCAGAGACAGAAAUCGCUGGAGUUUCAGUGCCAGGAGCUUCACAGCGAACAGCAUGUGACCAAAGUGGAGAACGUGAAGCUGAAGCAGACAAAUGAGGAGCUGGCGCAGGAGCUGGAGCACACCAGCCAGGAGCUGCUCCUCGCCCAGGAGCAGCUCAGCCUACUGCAGGAGCAGUCCACACGGCUGCACGAGGACAAGGAGAUGGAAAUUUACCGGCUGACGGAGGGGCUGCAGCGAGAGCGAGCGUGCCUCCUGAAGCAGCUCGACCUGCUGAGAGAAAUGAACAAACACUUACGGGAUGAAAGGGACAUGAGCUACCAGAAACCCAAAAUCCCACCAAGUUUGAAGCAGAGACCUUUUAUUGGUGCUGUGAAGCUCUCAAACACGAGUAUCUUCAAAAGUGAGGAUGAGGAGGAGCUGAGCCCCGUCUUCGUGCGGCAGAGCCUCGCCAACGGCCCGUCGCAGCCGUCUCACUCGGCGGCGUCCAGAGGCCACCUCCAGAGGAUCAUCUCCAUCGAGGAGGACCACCUCCCCCACCUGCUCGGCGACUGCCACGCCCAGAGCCCCCUGCCGGAGUGUGACGAGAACGCUCACACCAGAGGGAGCGAGGCGGAGAGCGAGACGCCAACGUCUCCCAGAGGUCAGCCCGUGGGCAAGGAGACCAGCAUCAAUGAGGAAAGCAGUCCGCCGGCUCCCGACCGCCUGUUCAAGAUCGUGCUGGUUGGGAACUCCAGUGUGGGAAAGACCUCCCUGCUGCGCCGCUUCUGUGACGACAGCUUCCACUCGGGCACUUCUGCCACUGUGGGUAUAGAUUACAGCGUAAAGACGAUAUCGGUGGACAACAGCCAGGUGGCGCUGCAGUUGUGGGAUACAGCUGGACAAGAAAGGUAUCGAAGCAUCACCAAGCAGUUCUUCCGUAAGGCUGACGGUGUGGCUGUGAUGUACGAUAUCACCGACGAGCAGAGCUUCACUGCUGUCAGACAGUGGCUGUCCAGUGUCAAAGAAGGUGCAGGAGACGACAUUCCCGUCAUGCUGCUGGGAAACAAAACCGACAAGGAGAUUGAAAGACAAGUUGAGAAGGAACUGGGCGAAAGACUAGCUAAGGACUGCCAGAUGACCUUCUAUGAAUGCAGUGCGCGCUCCGGACACAACGUGGUGGACUCCAUGCUACAUUUAGCCAGGAUCCUGAAAGAGCAAGAGGACCGAGAGAAGGAGAAGACAGUCCAGCUGGUCAACGGCUCGUCAGAGAAGAAGAAGUCCUGCUGCUAACACACACACACACACUCGGGGUGUUACCGCACGGUGCCAGUGAGGACACAUUAUUCUGACUGUCAGCACAGCCGUUUCUCACUCCGUCUUUGAAUGUGAAGCACUUUGAGCACACCACAAAAGGAAAGAAGGAAAAAAAAAAACCUUAUUGUCACAUUGCUGCACUACUUUAAUAAUGAUCUCCCAAGACACCCGUGAUCUGAAAAUUGCUACUUCAUGAAGCCUUUUGUAGGAAAGUAAUAAUAAUGAGGAAAAAGUGCCUGUGUGUUCUUUUAAAAGUUGAACGAACUGUGCGAUCUUAAAUCUGAUUCAAACUUGUAUUUUCAGACAUUUGAGUCUUUAAACUUCAAAUAUUUAUUAGCCUUAAGUCUCUUUUUACUACAUAGAAUAAUAUAUGGAAUCAGUGUUAAGUGUUUAAACUGUUGUUUCUUCAUCUUUUGUGUCAUAAAUAACCCACUUUGCGACUUUGUCAGCACUACAUCUAUAAAGUUUGAGCCAUUCGGUUAUUGAUCGACAGAUCAAUGUAACGGAGGUUUUCGUUGGUAUUUCUUGACAGUGUAGUUUCCUCACCUGGUGGACACAGCCGAAGCAACGUGCUUUGAGUGGACAAAAAUAUUCUUUUUUUUUUUUUUUGUUCUCCCCCAGGGUUGAAAUAUUUGGUAUUGUUUUGUAUCACAUGUGCUUUUCCUUUUGUCUGUUUGUACUGUGGAUAGAACGUAUCCUGGUUCAGCUGUAGCAAUCUGUCAUACUUACCUCAUUUAAAUGGGAUGUUGGAUGCACCAGAUAUCUUACUGUGAUCUGUUCUCGUAAGAAGAUGGGUGAAAGUGAACACAUGUUGGUUUCUGAAGUCCCGACUCUCACUGUUACCCACAGUGCUUCACUGCCAUCAUCCUCCUGCACGUCGACUGUAUAUAAGAAAUGUCAAUAAAAAGAUAUGUAUAUUAUG